AUGAAUCACUCACCUGACUGUUCUCCCUGGGGCAGCUUGAGCCGGGCAGGGCCCCUCCCUCUGCUACGGCAGCCCCCAAUCAUGCAGCCCCCACUGGACCUCAAGCAGAUCCUGCCCUUCCCACUGGAGCCGGCACCCACCCUGGGCCUCUUCAGCAACUACAGCGCUAUGGACCCUGUGCAGAAGGCUGUACUCUCCCACACUUUUGGGGGACCCUUGCUCAAGACCAAGCGGCCCAUCAUCUCCUGCAAUGUCUGUCAGAUUCGCUUCAACUCUCAGAGCCAGGCUGAGGCACACUACAAGGGUAAUCGCCAUGCCCGAAGAGUCAAAGGCAUCGAGGCUGCCAAGACCCGAGGCAGGGAGCCCAGCGUCCGGGAACCAGGAGACCCAGCUCCCCCAGGCAGCAGCCCCCCAAAUGGAGAUGGUGUAGCCCCCCGUCCAGUUUCCAUGGAGAAUGGAGUGGGUCCAGCCCCAGGAUCCCCAGAGAAACAGCCUGGCUCCCCAUCCCCUCCCAGCGUUCCGGAGACUGGUCAGGGUGCGACCAAGGGUGAAGGGGGGACUCCAGCCCCAGCUUCCCUGCCUGGGGGUAGCAAGGAAGAGGAAGAGAAGGCCAAGAGGCUGCUCUACUGUGCUCUGUGCAAGGUGGCAGUGAACUCCCUGUCCCAGCUUGAGGCACAUAACAAAGGUACGAAGCACAAGACCAUUCUGGAGGCCCGCAGUGGCCUGGGCCCCAUCAAAGCCUACCCCCGGCUGGGGCCUCCCGCUCCUGGGGAGCCCGAGGCCCCUGCCCAGGACCGAACCUUCCACUGUGAGAUCUGCAAUGUCAAGGUCAACUCGGAGGUCCAACUGAAACAGCACAUUUCCAGCCGGCGGCACCGAGAUGGCGUGGCCGGGAAGCCCAACCCGCUACUGAGCCGUCACAAGAAGCCUAGGGGCGCUGGAGAACUAGCGGGCACGCUGACUUUCUCCAAGGAACUGCCCAAGUCCCUGGCCGGCGGCCUGCUCCCCAGCCCCCUGGCGGUGGCUGCGGUGAUGGCAGCGGCAGCAGGCUCGCCGCUGUCUCUGCGCCCGGCUCCAGCCGCACCUCUUCUCCAGGGACCGCCGAUCACCCAUCCCCUGCUCCACCCCGCCCCCGGGCCCAUCCGAACUGCGCACGGACCCAUUCUCUUCUCCCCCUACUGA